CCCCACUCCCAAAGGAAGAAAAAAAGUUUUGAAGAUUCAGAUUUGGAUCCUUAAGUAGGUGAAAAUCUGAAAGAAAAAAGUAUAGUACCCUUCAGAUUUUGUUUUUGUUUUUUUGUUUCAAGUUAGGAAAGUCAGAACAGUCUAUUCUUUCAACAGUUUCCCAAAUUAUUUAAUUUAUAUACUUCUUUUCCAUUUUCUUCUUUUCCCUUUCAAGGGAUAAUAUUUCUACUUUUGGACCAUUUUAAGCUCAGAGAAUGUUCAACUCUCAUGUUUUUUACACCAAAAAUGUUUAUUUUUUUAUGUUAAGGUUUUCUCAGUUUUAAUCUUAGUUUUAUGCUUUUGUUCUUUGUUUCAUGGUUGUUUAACAGUGUUGGUCUCUGAAGCCUCUUUUCUUCAUCAUUUCAUAUAAUUAUUCCCUUUGAAAUUUGAUCUUGUUCACCUUUGUUUUUUCUUCUGGAACCAAAUUUCACUCACCCCAUUUUUUAGCUCACUUUGUGUUUGUGAAAUUGUCUGUUAUACUUACCACAUCUCAAAAGUAAAGAGAAAUUGUUUUUUUUUUUUGUCUGGUUUUUUUCUGUGGUUACAAAUUGUGUAAAGUUUGUUAAUUUGGCUAUAAAAUCAUUGCACAUACUCUUCUUUCAUCUGGGUUUUCAGGUUAAUUUGUUGAAAUUGAGUUCUGGGAUUCUUUGGGGUUUAUUUUUGGGAAAUGAAACAUAUAGGGUUCUAGUUUGAUUCAGAAAAUGGGAUCUCAUGGUGGAGCAAUUCAAGAGCCAAAGACUGGACCUUUGGCUAGAGAAGGGUCUUUAUACAAUCUUACCCUUGAUGAGGUUCAAAAUCAGCUUGGAAAUUUAGGGAAACCCUUAGGAAGCAUGAAUCUAGAUGAACUACUCAAGAGUUUGUGGACUUCUGAAGCUGCUCAAGCUUCUGGAUUGGAUUCUGGUACUAAUGAUGCUUACAUGCAGCUAGCUUCUGUGUCAUCUAUGAAUCCACUUACACUCUCUGGUGACCUUAGUAAGAAAACUAUUGAUGAAGUUUGGAGAGAUAUGCAACAGAAGAAGAGUAUUACUCAGGAUAGAAGAACACCUACACUAGGUGAAAUGACCUUGGAGGAUUUCUUGAUGAAAGCUGGUGUGGCUACUGAAUCUUUUCCUAAUGAGGAUAAUGCUAUUUCAGGAGGUGUUGAUUCUCAACAACAUGGUCAAUGGAUGCAGUAUCAAAUGCCUUCAAUGCAGCAGCAACAACAGCAGCAGCAGCACCGGCAUCAUCAGAAUAGUAUGAUGCCUGGUUUUACUGGUUUUAUGACUGGCCAUGUGGUUCAACAGCCGAUCACGGUUGCAGUGAAUCCAGUUUUGGAUGCAGGAUACUCUGAAGUAAUGGCUACUACUUCAUCGGAUACACAAACACCAGGUAGGAAAAGGGAUGCCUCUGGUAAUGUUGUUGAGAAAACUGUGGAGAGGAGGCAGAAGAGGAUGAUUAAAAACCGGGAAUCUGCAGCUCGGUCGCGCGCAAGAAAACAGGCUUACACCCAAGAACUGGAGAUCAAAGUUUCGCGCUUAGAAGAAGAGAAUGAAAGGCUUAAAAGACUACAUGAGAUAGAGAGAGUAUUGCCAAGUAUGCCGCCACCAGACCCUAAGCAUCAGCUUCGCAGAACUAGCUCAGCUCCCCUUUGAUGGCUUCAUUGCAAAUGAGUUUGUAGCAAAAGUCCACACACUCCCAUUGUUCUUUCUCAUUUGCAG